AUGCUUAGAACUACGUUUGCCACAUCCUCCAAGGCUGCCAUGGCCGCGCGCCAUUUCCAUCCCUCUCCAGCCGCCAGCAAGACUGUCUCCCAAAAGGUGUCCGAAAUUGCGGACAAGGUCAACAAGGGUGUUGGGAAAGGUCUUGCAUCAGCAAUUGACAAAGGCGAGCAAGCCGCCAAUACUGCAAAGGAGACCCUAGAUUCGACGUCGUCUGAGGCAAAACAGAAGGCGAAGGAAACUGAGAGCACGUUAAAACAAGAGGGAAAUAAAGCCGCAGCUACAGCACGCAAAGUUAAAGAUGAUGUUAGCAAAGAUUUAUAA